UGCCUCUCCAAUCCUCCGCCUUCUUCCCCUCCUGGCACCCGCCACCUCUCCGCGCCGCCGGCCUAAACCUAGCCAGCCUUCCCCGCUUGAACCUUCCGACGCUGGCCGCUUCCUCUCCAUCUUUCUCCACGCCGAUCACGUGGAGCAGCUGCUCCUGCUCCUGCUCCUGCUCAUCACCUACGUCUCCAGCGCUGCUGCUCUCCGACGCCACUUCCGUCGCUCGGUCACCGUUGGCUGCUGCUGUGUCUAGCUGGGUGUUAACUGAAUUGUAGGGAAUAGUAAGCACAGCGCGCCACGGCAUGGAGGUCGAUGGCGGGGCACAGCCUUUCCGCCUAUUCUCCAACAGGGGCAAGUCCAAACCCAGGCUCAAGCUCGAGCCUCAGGUGCAACCCCAGCCCCAGCCGGAACCGGAACCCCCAAGCUCUGAACCCGCCGCCGCCGAGGCCGACCACCCCCCGUCUCCCACCAUCGUGACCGAGACCAGCCAGGCCGAUGACGUCGAGGCCGCGUCCGGCGCGGCGCCGGCGACCUUCGCGGACCUCGGCCUGUCGCAGUGGCUGGUGGACGCGUGCGACGCCCUGGGCAUGCGGCGCCCCACGGCGGUGCAGCGCCGGUGCAUCCCGCGCGCGCUCGCGGGGGAGGACGUGCUGGGGAUCGCCGAGACGGGGAGCGGCAAGACGGCCGCGUUCGCGCUGCCCAUCCUGCACCGCCUCGGGGAGGACCCCUACGGCGUGGCCGCGCUCGCGCUCGCCCCCACGCGCGAGCUCGCGGCGCAGCUCGCCGAGCAGUUCCGCGCGCUCGGGGCGCCGCUCGGACUCAGGUGCCUCGCGGCCAUCGGAGGCUUCGACUCGCUCGCGCAGGCCAAGGGGCUCUCGCGUCGCCCCCAUGUCGUCGUCGCCACCCCAGGCCGCAUUGCCACGCUCGUCAAAGACGAUCCUGACCUUGCCAAAGUAUUCGCUCGAACCAAGUUUCUUGUGUUGGACGAGGCGGAUAGAGUUCUAGAUGUUAAUUUUGAAGAGGAACUUCGUGUCAUAUUUGGCUGUUUACCAAAGAAACGGCAAACCUUCCUGUUUUCAGCAACGAUGUCAGACAAUCUGAGAUCAUUGCUUGAACUUUCCGGCAACAAAUCAUACUUUUUUGAAGCAUAUGAAGGGUUCAAGACAGUAGAGACCUUAAAGCAACAAUACAUUCAUGUCCCUCCUCAGGGGAAAGAGCUCCAUCUUUGGUAUCUUCUGUCAAUUAUGAAGGAAAAAAAGGAAGACCCUAUCCGUUCAGCCAUUGUAUUUGUCUCAAAAUGCAAUGUCUGCCAAUAUUUAGAUCUGCUGCUGGAAGAGCUUGGUUAUCCUGCUGUUGCUUUGAACUCUCACAAGUCUCAGGCACAACGGCUCUUAGCACUUAACCGGUUUAAAUCCGGCCAGGUUCCCAUAUUGAUUUCCACUGAUGUGGGCAGUCGUGGGUUGGAUAUCCAAACAGUUGAUCUAGUUAUCAACUAUGACAUGCCAAUGUCUCCACGUGAUUACAUCCACCGGGUUGGACGAACUGCAAGAGCUUCAAGGGGAGGGCUUGCUAUAAGCUUUGUUACACAGAAAGAUAUAUGUCUUUUGCAUGAGAUAGAAGAUGUUGUGGGGAAGCAGUUGGAGGCCUAUGAGUGCAAUGAUAAAGAAGUUACUAAAGAUAUUACAAAGGUGUUCAAAGCAAGACGUCUGGCGAAGAUGAGGAGCAGGGACGAGGGACACGAUGAGAAAGUAGAAGCCAGAAAAGAGCAGAAGAAAAGAGAUCGGGCAAGAAAGAGGAAACAUGAAGACUGAAACCCAUGAAGGACUACCUGAUGGUUCAUUGUUGACGGCCGCUGUGCCUGAACUAAAACGUGAGAGGCAGUUGCUUGUUCAGUCUAGCGAGUAGCUGUAAGCUCGAGGAGUCGAUGGUGGCUUGUUCCAGUGAACCCAUCCAGUCGACACUUCUCAGUUUUGCCGGAGAAGAAAGAAGAUUAUCUUUGUGCUGUGGAUGUAUAAAUUUAGGGGUUGGUUCGGCAAAUGUGCCACUGAAUUCGUGACGUGCGGGGGCGCGGCCUUUUUGAUGAGUUAUUAAUUACUCCAAUUUGGUCAAAUAUAUCAUCUAUAUUUGUAACCAAACGAUAUACUGUGAAAAUACAUCUCAUGAAGAAUCUAAUGAUUGUUUCAGAAAAAUGAA